AUGGCUCAGAACCCACAAGUUGGCAUCGCCAUGUCCGAGACCAUUACAAACGGCAUCCCAGGCAAGAAGCAGAUGAAACCCAGCACAGUCAGUUUUCACAACAUCUGGUACAGGGUGAAGACAAAGUCUGGCUUCAUAGGUUGCCGAAAAACAGUUGAGAAAGACAUUUUGAGAGACAUCAGUGGCAUAAUGCGGCCUGGACUGAACGCAAUCCUGGGGCCAACUGGCUGUGGCAAGUCUUCACUACUGGAUAUUUUAGCCGCAAGGAAAGAUCCCCAUGGCUUGAGUGGAGACGUUCUAAUCAAUGGAGCCCCUCAACCUGCCAAUUUUAAAUGCAUCUCUGGGUAUGUCGUGCAGGAUGAUGUGGUCAUGGGGACUUUGACCGUGAGGGAGAACUUCCAGUUCUCAGCUGCCCUCCGAUUACCGAAGACUGUCAGGGAGCAGGAAAAGGAGGAUAGGAUCAACCAGAUCCUCAAGGAGCUGGGCUUGACGAAAGUGGCAGAUUCAAAGGUUGGAACCCAGUUCAUUCGUGGCAUAUCGGGGGGAGAGAGGAAACGGACCAAUAUUGGCAUGGAGCUUAUCACCGAUCCUGGAAUCUUGUUCUUAGAUGAGCCAACCACUGGAUUGGAUGCCAGCACAGCCAAUGCUGUCCUGCUACUCAUGAAAAGGAUGGCCAAGCAAGGGAAAACAAUAAUCUUUUCCAUCCACCAACCUCGCUACUCCAUAUUCCGACUGUUUGAUAAAUUGACCUUACUGGCAGCAGGAAGGAUGCUAUAUCAUGGACCAGCUCAGAACGCCCUAGAAUUUUUCAAAUCCAGUGGUUACGAGUGCGAACCGUACAACAACCCUGCUGACUUCUUUCUGGAUGUCAUUAAUGGAGACUCGACAGCUGUGGCUUCAAACAAGACCGGUGAAAUUGAAAUAGAUAACAUUGACGAACACAUCAGUCAUGAUAAGUCACUGGCAGAGAAAUUGGCAGAGAAGUAUUCCAGUUCCACUUUCUACCAAGAAACCAAAGCAGAAUUAGAGAGGCUGACUUCGGUGAUCCAGAGGCAGACCUCUUUCCGACAAAUCACCUACUCCACUCCCUUCUUUCACCAGCUCAAGUGGGUCUCUAAACGCACGUUCAAAAAUCUGCUAGGCAACCCGCAAGCCUCCAUAGCACAGGUCUGUGUUACCGUUUUCCUGGCAUCAGUCGUAGGUGCCAUAUUCUAUGGGGUAACGAACGAUAAUAUUGGUUUGCAGAACAGAAUUGGUGCUAUGUUCUUUAUGACCACCAACCAGUGUUUCAGCAGCAUUUCCGCUAUUGAACUUUUUGUUGUGGAGAAGAAGAUAUUUAUACAUGAGUACAUCAGUGGAUACUACAGAAUUUCUGCAUAUUUCUUCGCAAACCUAAUUGCUGAUUUAAUACCCAUGAGGUCUUUACCAAGCAUUAUCUUCACAAGCGUUGUUUAUUUCAUGUUAGGUCUAAAGCCAACAGCAGAGGCCUUCUUUAUCAUGAUGUUUACUCUGAUGAUGGUAUCUUACACAGCGACUUCUAUGGGGCUAGCAAUUGCCACAGGACAGAGUGUCGUGGCUGUAGCAAAUCUACUCAUGACCAUCACCUUUGUUUUUAUGAUUAUUUUCUCUGGGUUGUUGGUAAAUCUCACCAGUAUACAGCCCUGGCUUGCCUGGCUCCAGUACUUCAGUAUACCUCGAUAUGGGAUGGUAGCACUGCAGGUUAAUGAACUUGCUGGUCUCAAUUUCUGCAAUAUAAGCAUGAAUGAAAAUUGGAGCAAUUCUAGCUGUACAGAGCUUAGCAAAUUACAGAUAUGCACUGGAGAACAGUAUCUCAACAGCCAAGGGAUCAAACCAACUGCAUGGGGCUUGUGGCAGAACCAUGUUGCACUUGCUUGCAUGACCAUAACUUUCCUUACGAUUUCAUACAUGAAGCUGUGUUUCAUGAAAAAGUUCUCUUAAAAAGCAGCAGCUUGGAAAACAGAUUUAUGAUCCAGCUCUGCUCCAAGUAGCAGAGCUAAAGGAACGACUAUUCUCUUCUGUUGACAGCCUUAUUUCUUUCUUAGAACAUAUAAUGGAGAAAAACAUUGGCAAACGUCUGCAUUUGUAGUGCACAAAAAUAUUCUCUUUCAAGAUUGCUAUACUCAUUUAGUGGCACUUCCAAAUGCAAUCAGGCAAAUGCCUCAACAGUUAUUUGCAACCAGCAUGCAUGAUCCAAUCAAGACUGACCACUUGUAAGCUCUGUAAAUUUCAGUCGGAGAGAGUUCAUCAUGUGUUUAAUUCUCCAACAGAAACCAAUAGGAUAUGAAGUGUUUAAGUUUGGUGUCCAUACACUUGGCAUGGUGUUUGGAAAGGAGAGGCUGUCGUGCAUAUUGUUGCACACAGACACAGGCAACUUCCUUUUCAGACACUGCACAAAACAUUGACAUCGGGGUGGAGGACUUCAUGCGUUUAUUGAACGUGGUGCUAGUGUGUCAU